AUGGCGCUCCCCAAGGUCCGACUUCCUCGGCUGCAAAAGCCUCGACUUCACGUCGAGCAGCCCAAAUCAUCUUUUGCAGAAGGUAACGCAAGGUGGACAAACAAGGACCUCGACCCCGUGCCCCCACACGAAAGGAAAUGGGGCGUGACGAGCUUCAUCGCGUACUGGAUAUCAGAUGCAUUCAACGCGGCAACCUGGCAAUUCGGAGCCAGCGUCAUUGCGGUCGGGUUGACAUGGCGCGAGAGUGUCGCUGUUGUGGCAUUGAGCUUCUUCAUCAUCUCUAUUGUUAUCGCAUUCAACGGAGCCACGGGCGUUAUCCACCACACCCCGUUCCCUGUCAUCGCACGUGCAGCAUGGGGUUUCUGGGGAUCCUACGUCGCUAUUGUCUCGCGGGCUAUAUUGGCAACCUUUUGGUUUGCGAUUCAGACGAUGAACGGAGCAUUCACCGUCCGCUGCAUGAUCGGAGCGAUUUGGCCCUCCUUCCUGACGCUCCCGUCGAACAUACCACCGUGGCAAGGCAUUGACGACGCCACGCUGGGUUGUUUUGUGAUCUUCUGGUUCGCCCAGAUUCCCUUCCUGCUCAUGCACCCGAACCAGCUCCGGUGGCUCUUUAUGGCCAAAUCGAUCAUCGUUCCCGUGGCCUGGAUCGCAAUCCUCAUCUGGGCCCUCGUCAGCACCCGCGGGUCCGACAUUUUCGACCAGAAAUCCACCGUGUCCGGGUCGAGCUACAGCUGGGCCUUCCUGGCAUCGAUGAACUCCGUCAUCGGGAACUACGCGACCUUGUCGGUCAACCAGGCCGACUUCUCGAGGUACAGCCGCGUCUCCGUGCGGUGGCAGUGCAUGUACGUCCCUCUGCUGCCGGCCUUCUUCACAUUCAUCGCCUUUGUCGGCAUCGCCUCGGCCUCUGCUGGCGGCGUGCACUACGGCGUGAUAGAGUGGGACCCCAUCGCGCUCAUCUCGCACUGGAGCAACCGGCCCGCCAGGUUCUUCGCCGCGGCCUCGUUUUCCCUCGCGGCGCUCGGCGUCAACAUCUCCGCCAACUCCCUCUCGGCCGCCAACGACUUCAUGGCGCUGUUCCCGCGCUUUGUGAACCUGCGCCGCGGGCAGCUCCUCUGCGCGGUGCUCUGCUGGGCCCUGGUGCCGUGGAAGAUCCUCGCGUCGGCGGGGUCGUUCCUCAACUUUAUGUCCGCGUAUGCCAUCUUCCUCGGUCCAAUCGCAGCAAUCAUGCUCUUCGACUUCUGGGUCGUGCAUAAGCGGAGGUACGACACUCUGGCCUUGUAUGACCCGCACAGCAUAUACCGGUAUAAGGGCGGAGUGAACUGGAGGGCCAUAGUGGCCUUCCUCGUCGGUGUCGCACCCAGUCUGCCUGGAUUCAUCAACGGCAUCAACCCUAACAUUAAUGUGGGUUUGGGAGUCCACCCUUACCAGAUCGGCUGGAUGAUCGGCUUCGUCGGGACUGCGGUUGUCUACACUGGUCUGUCACUGCUACUGCCUGCGAGGGAGACCUUUAUAGACCGGGCUGUGAGGCCGGACGAGAUAUACGCGACUCAAGCAGACUACAUCAACGCACAAAGUCCCAAGCCCGGCGAUGGGAGUGGAAGCGGCGAGCUGGAAGCCGGUGUCCCUGAGAAGGCUGGUCUACGAAGUAGACUGGAGAAGUUGCUAUAG